AUCAAGAGACACGCUGUUCUUCCCUUGCUCAGAGAGGAGCCGCCGUUCGCCUGCGAUGCCGCCGGUCUGGAUAAACUACUAGAAGCACAAGAAAACGGUUGUUUUUGUCCAAAUACAAGAGUGUCGCCCUUCCCCCUUGCCUUGAUGUGUUGGGGAAACUGAUCUGUGCUGCACAGAGGGAGCCUGUAACUGGAGGACAGUGGAAGGUCACUACCUUGAAGACUGUGUUGGAGAAGACAUGGCUCUGACCCUUGAAACUGAGUCGCGGAUCUACCGCUCCCUCAGGGCUAUCUUUGGUGCUACUGCACACCUAGUUUCACUUGGAUUUACCAUCUUUGUGGCUGUGCUUGCAAGACCGGGAUCAAGUUUAUUUUCCUGGCAUCCUCUCUUGAUGUCUCUUGCGUUUUCCUUCUUGAUGACAGAAGCCGUGUUGGUUUUCUCUCCUGAGAGCUCCCUACUUCGGUCCUUCUCGCGUAAGGCCAGGGCCCGCUUCCACUGGGCUUUGCAGCUGCUUUCCCUGACCUGUGCAAUACUGGGCUUGGCCAUCAUCUCCUAUAACAAAUACCUCAAUGGGAAGGACCACUUUGUCACGUGGCACGGCCAGACGGGCUUGCUGACGGUGUUUUAUGCUAGCAUGCAGUGCAUGGGCGGGGUUGCUCUGCUCUACCCCAAGCUGAUGAAGAACUGGACAUUGGGCAAACUGAAGCUUUACCAUGCCACCUCAGGGCUGAUUGGGUACCUGCUUGGUUGUGCCAGUUUGAUGCUGGGCAUGUCUUCCUUGUGGUUUACUGCAGCUGUGACUGGAGUCUCCUGGUAUCUCUCCAUCCUGUGUCCUAUUCUCACCAGUUUGGUUGUCAUGAACCAAGUGAGCAACGCCUACCUCUACCGCAAGAGAAUUCAGCCUUGAAAAAAACAUGCCUAAGAGAUACUUUCUGAUAUCCUUGAAAACAUCUCACAUCCUCUUUUAGGGAGUCCCUUUUUAUCUGACUAUAACUGUGGCAUUUUAGAAAAGACUUCUGGCGUCCUCCCACUGUUGAAAUCCUGCAGCAGCAGUGUGGGAGUCCAUGCAGUGUUCUGUGUGCAUCUCCUGAAAUUGUGGCAUUGUGGUAUUAAGUAGUAAUCCAGAAGCAGUGUGCUACUGCCUCCCCAUGAAAGGAAACAAAUUACAUAGACAUCUCAGUUCACCAAACUUGCACAAAGACAUACUUCACUUGCCCCAGAUUCCUCUCUAUUAGUAAAAUGGUGGGCCCUCAGAGGUGGUGGUCUGAGGAAUAGGUGGAAAUGUGUAACUUUCUUUCUGUGUUCCCUUCAGUACAGUAUCUGUCUGUGUAGAGGCUAGAAGUUUCCCCAGUUUCUGUUUUUAAGGUUCUGUGGACAAAUUGCAUCAAGUGGACAAAAUCGUUAGCUGCAUCAAGGCUCAUUAUGUAGUGUGUGGUAGACUAACACUACACUACAGGUGACACAUAUGUAGCUUUGGACAUAUUACUUUUUGUACCACAACAUUAAAAAAAACCCCUCCAUCCAGCAGAGCCAGUGGUCCUGCUGGCAAGGGCUGAUGGUAGUGCUCUCCUGAAUUGUUGUUUUUCUGUCCAAGAUUUCUUUGGGCAGCUACAUGAGAAUAAGCCUCGCUGAAUGGAGUGGGCCACACCUCCAACUAAUCAUGCAUGCCUGAGGGUCUCCCUCAUUGCAGGCAGGCUGACUGACACAUACCCUGUCCAUUGUGAGAUUUCUCUGCUGUCCUGCAGCUUGGUAAUUGUAAUCUUUCAUACUAUGGUAAGAGCACAAGAGCUCAUCUAGUUUGCUGCUGUUCAUAAUCAAGGGAGAUUGUGACUCAAUGAUCAUACCUACUCCUGGCCUUUCGGCGUGGAGAGAAAAAUAAAUGUUUCUGCUCUUUCUCUUCUAGAUUUUAUGAGAAUUUUUUCCCUAUAUACUAUGUGAAUAGCAGCUUCAUUGCACAGAAAGGCAAACAGAAGUGAACCAAGCACAAAGUUAGGCUGUUUUUGUCUGCUGCCAUACUUUGACUAAACUUUUGCAACCAUGAAUAGCAGUAUUUACUUAAUAGGCAGUAUGUUGCAGUCCCAAGCAGGUGGCAUAGUAUUCAAGUAUGUUGCAGUCCCAAGCAGGUGGUAUAGUAUUCAAGUAUGGACAGGAAUAUUUUCCGACACUGUUCCAGAAUUCCUCUACAUUCAAGAACAUUUGGGUGCAACUUGGCAUCCAUGCUCGUGUGUAUGGUCAGCACAUGUAUUACUCUAGGUACUUAAUUCUGCAGUGAAGAGCUAGUUUUUUUUAAAGGAAAAUUGAAUUUCAUAACAUUCCCCAGGUAAAUCAUGCAUUUGUACCUUCAAGUCAUUUCCAAUUCAUGGCAGCUUUCUCAUUGAAUUUUCUUAGCAAAAUUGGCUGCGAAGGGGUUAGCACAGGCCUGGGUUAGACUUUAUCUUCCUCUGAAGCUGAGGGAAUGUGACUUCAGCCAAGUUAUUUCUGGGCUAUGAAUAUCCUUAUUGAAUGGUACUGUCUCCCAAAGUUUUUCAGAGCAAGGGCCAGUCUCUGUUGUUUUUUCUUUCGGUAACAGCUUCAAAAUGGUUUUCUCCACUCUCUGUAUUUUUUCUAUGCAGCAUGUAAAUGCAGGUGUGUGAAAGCUCCCACCAACUGUGUUUUGGGGAGUUGGUCAAAGCAGGUUGUCUGUUUUCCACUCAUAAUCAUUCUGUCUUGAGAAAUAAGGGAAAUGAGCUGUUGUGAGGGACCAAAAUGAACAAAGCUAAGGCCCUUUUUUUUAACAGGGGAGAAAAGAAUGUGGUUGCGUAGAAUUACUAACCUUCAUCAAGCUGGUCAUGACUACUCCAUUGAAUCCAGGUGACACAGUUAAACCUUGCUUUCAAACGUACUUAAUUAAAAUCAGCUUUGGUUGGAUUAGGGCCUUUGACUGCAACCCUUUCUCUAAGAAUGAAAUCCUGUCCGCAGAAUAUUAAAGAUACAGAGUGGAAGCCUCCUGCCUAUAGCAAGAUAUUUUAGAUCUUUUCCGAAGUAUAGUGGGCACUGAGUGAGUUUAUUAUUUUUUUUUAAAGAAUUACCUAGCAUUAAAAUGUCUUUUUUAAAUGGUGUAUAUCUACGCAACAUUAUUUGCUUCCUCAUAAAUUUUGCCAUGUAACGUGAAGUUGCAAGCUUUCCAAGCUUUAAAAGAAGGGCCCUUUGCCAUUUUAAAUGGUGAUAAAUUGUCCUCGGUUUCUUUGGUAGCUUGAGGGCAGCCUUCUCUUGGGCAUCUACAAUGUGUGUUCUAACUUGCCCUCUUCUCCUUCCCCCUACUUACCUGCAUUAACCUGGUUGAAAUAACUGUGGCUUCAGUAAGAGCUGUCAUGGCCUUUCACACAAAUACUGUUUACAGAAACUUCCUGCAUUUGGCUAUGUCUUAAGCUUCCUUGAUAAAACAAAUGAAAAACCCACUUGAUGUUUGCAUUGAGUAUGAGGGGUCUCUCUGCAUGGCAAGUGAACCGAUCACUGAACCUGGGUAAGAAAAAAUCUGACUUCAAGCGCACUGAAUUAAAGGGAGCUUUGCUGUGU